AUGGAGAUUCUGUGCGGUCAGAAAUUAAUACAGACACAAAGGGCUUCGACAGGAAAGGAGCUUCGAUCCAAUCCAUUCUUGGGAAAAAAUCAAGACAAAAAAGGAUAUGUCAGUGACCUAGCACGGCAAAGCACUCUACGAGGGCAUGGAAUGUCUCAUUUUUUGGUAAGAAUCUCCGUAGUAAUGUCUCUAUUAGAUUUUCCGAUCGAAAUACGGGAAAAGUCCAUUCAAUUCUUGAUGGAAAUGGAGUUUUGCGAAUUCUUCCCGGAACUGGAAGAUCAUUUCGAGAUCUUCGAACAUAUUCGAGGGUUCAAUGUCACUAUUGUCAUUUCGAGAUCUUCGAACAUAUUCGAGGGUUCAUAUCACUAG